GGAGCCGAGGCCAAGCCAGGACUGGAGGAGAGGGAGCAAACGGUCUUGGAGCUGGGGAGCCCAGAGGCUCAGUACCCCUCUGUGGUCGGCGGAGAGGAUCAUGCCCAGGAGCUACUGACCCCCYGCUGCCAGCCCAGCACCAUGUCAACAGGCCAGCAGGUAUGGCACACGGUGGUACCACCCCACUGCCGGAGCAGCCCCACAGUCUCGACACCCGGGUCACCUGGCACCCCUGGUUCAGAGAAGGUGGCCUCCCCGCUGGAGUGCUCCAUCUGCUUCUCAGGUUAUGACAACAUCUUCAAGACACCAAAGGAACUGUCCUGCACCCAUGUCUUCUGCCUGGAGUGCCUGGCCCGGCUAGCGGCCGCCCAGCCCCCGGGCUCCGGCACUGAGGCUGUGCCUUGCCCAUUCUGCCGGAAGCCCACAGCUGUGCCAGCUGCUGGGGCCCCUGCACUGCGUACCAGCCGCCAGCUGCAGGCCAAGAUGCCCGCACACCUGCAACGAGAGGAGCCCGUGUGGCUAGAGGGCACCAAGCUGUGCUGCCGCCCACUGCCUGCCACACCUGGCCGUGAGGCACCCGGCUUUGUGUGUGUGGAUGUGGGCCUGAGCAAGCCUGCUGAACCUACCCCACCUGUGCCUGUCCCAGACCUGGCCCCACGCCGGAGCCGCCUGGCCCGCUGCUGGGCCYGCUGCAGGGACUGGCGGCGCUUGGCCUUGGUCUCUGUCCUGCUGCUGCUGCUGUUCUGCAUGGUGCUCUGGCCCGUGCAGUGCGCGCUCAAGACUGGGAACCUGCGCUGCCUCCCCCGGCCACCUACCGCCUCCAGCACUGCUGCCACUGCCUUCUCCCUUGAGCCCCUGGCUAGCAACUAGGGUCACCAGCCUAUGGCCAGGCCUCUGAUCUGMUGGGGUCAGGAGCACAGCAGCUACUGGAAAUUUAUCCCCUAGGACCCCACUGAAGGUCCUCAUGAGAUGGACAAAGGGUGCCCAAAGUCUCUAAGAUUGAUUGGCUCCUACAGGCCCUAGAAGCUAUCCCUUCCCCUGUCACACAGGUGGUGGAAGGGACCCAGGAGGUGCUGGCCAGACCCCUGCCCUCCUCCACACACUGCAAUGCAUGGAGGGCUUACGGUCUUUGAGGCC